AUGUCGGGCGUUUAUGAGCUGCAACCUCUCUUCAAACUUGGCGAUCCUGACCGGCUGUUCGACAGCCCGCUUGCUGAACGUAUCAGCACGCUCUUCACCAUGCAUGCUUCCAGCGAUGUCGUGCGUGAUGGCGAAACUGAUGUUGGGCCAGAGACUGAGGGAGACCCAUACGACGAUCUACUGCUCGCGGGCAAGGCAAAGCACCCAUCGUCGAACCAGCGUGAGAAGGAAUGUGAGAACGCGCCUUCUGCGGUCGACGCCCCGAAGAUAGCGCCGGUGGAAGCCGCCUGCCAGCACGACUAUGCAGAGGCGCCAGUCCCCUCUAAGCGAAUCGGAUGUAUUGACAAAGAGGUGGACGUGGCUCUAGCGAAAGCUAAAGCCAAGGUUGUUAUCACCAUGUUCUGCAGCGUGGUUAUCAGUCAGGGUCUCGCCACGAUUGUCGCAAUGGUCAUGGCUGCCGUGGCGAUCGGACAGGCCCUGCUUCUCAUGUUCUUCUCGCUCAUUGUCAUGAUGUGGUUCAUGAAGAGCAUCAUCAAAGACCUGUAG